GCUGGAAAAGGUACGUGGGUUAAGUAUGAUAAUCAAAGGUGGCGCAAACACACACAGAAACUCACACACAGCUGAAGGUCCGGCGCGUCGGAGCAAUGUCCAAGUGGCUCAGUGAUGGAGAGGUGCUGGUGGGGCAGGGCAGCGGCGACGCAUCCUCAUGGAGCCCAAGAUCCAGGGGCCCGUCCGCUGGGGGCCUCGUGUCCAGCCCAGUCCGAGCCCGGUUGUCUUCACCCAGGGCCAGGGAAGCCAUGCCUCACCAGGAGCCACAGACCAUGGACAAAGCAAGGGAGCUGUUUGUGCUUUGUGAUAAAGAGGGCAAAGGAUUCAUCACCAAGAGAGACAUGCAGCGACUGGAAGUGGAGUUACCACUGUCCCUGGAUCAGUUGGAGGACGUUUUCGACAGCCUCGACAGAGAGAGUAAUGGAUUCCUCACUCCUGUGGAGUUUAACGCAGGCCUUGGAGGAAUCGUGGUGCUAGACGAGAGCUUAAACCAAAGCCAGAACGAGGGGCGGGCUGAGCCAGACCCGGUGGACUGGAACAACGACCCCGGAGUCAUCCGGUUUGUCAACCUGCUGGUCGAGUUGGGAGCAGACACCCUCUUCAAAAAUCAGUGGGAGGUGUCCUCCUUAUGGUUUGAACUGCAGAGGGAGAGACCGGAGCUCCUCACUGUCCUGGACGAUAUCCUGGUCCACGCUUUGGCUGUCGUGCAGGACAGCACCAAGGAGAAGGACAGCCUGGAGCAGGCCCUGCGCAGGCGAGAGAGCGAGCACGAUCGCAUCGUUCAAUCCAUAUAUGAAGAAAUGGAGAGCCAGUUGAAGGAGGAGAGGGAGAAACAAAAGACGCAGGACAGUAUUAAACAGUGGGAGAGAGGACAACAUCUGGAAGCGGAGCUGAGCAUGCGGGAACAGGAGCUGGAGAGCAGUCUGGUCAAGCAGAGGGAGAUGGAGAGCAGUGUCCGGGCGCUGAGCUGUGAGCAGGCCGACAUCAAGGAGCAGAAGCAGCGGGUACAGAGCCUCAACGUUCAGCUCCGGGAGCAGCUGGAGUCCACCAGAGAAGAGCUGCAGGCCGCAAUGAGCCAGCUCAACCUGGUUCACGCCACAGCGGCUCAGGAGCUGGCCAUCAAGGAACGAAAUGUGUUGAAGGUGUCUAGAAACAUUCAAAAGGAGAAAGAGAGUCUUUUAAGACAACUUGACAUUCUGAGGGACAUGAACAAAAGGCUGCGGGACGAGACGGACACCCAACAGGCCCAGAAGAGGAGCCCCAUCCUAAAGGUUUUGCGGAAGCAAGGGUCUUUAUUAGGCAACUACGUACUUCAGGAAAACGCAAUGAAAAGACAGCUGAGCUCCACCAGUCCCCCUGAGCAGGAGAGGGAAGAACUCUCCAAGCUCCCCAAAAGACGACACUCAUCCAGUGCUCCGGGGUAUCAACACGAAGCACACACUCAAACACAGAGGCCCGUGGUGAGUCCCCAGCGUGUGUUCAAGGUGGUGUUCCUGGGGAACUCUGGAGUGGGGAAGACCUCGUUCAUCCGUCAUUGCUGCACCGGUCACUUCUCCGACACCCUGAGCUCCACUGUGGGGAUCGACUACCAGAUGAAGAACAUAACUCUGGGCUCCAUCAAUGUGGUCCUGCAACUCUGGGACACUGCGGGACAGGAGAGGUAUAAGGCCUACCUACCUACUAUGUGUUUCAGGUACCGCAGCAUCACUCAGCAGUAUUACCGUAAGGCCGACGGGAUACUCAGCAUGUAUGACAUCACUGACGGGGACUCCUUCCUAGCGGUCAGAGAGUGGCUGGAUUGUGUACAGGAGAGGAAAUGUGAGGGAGCGGUGCUAAUGCUUCUCGGCAACAAGGAGGACAUGGCGAACGACACGAGCAGGAAGGUGACGACGCAAGAGGGACACAGACUUGCAGAGCAUCACCAGGCUGAGUUUUAUGAGUGCAGUGCCAGGAGUGGAUACAACAUAGAAAGGCUUAUGUCCGAGCUGGCCCGGAUGCUGGUGGCUCAGCAAGACCGCCAAUGUAAUGACACACUGACACUCACUGAAAACACUGCUAAAAGAAGCUGCUGUUGAUCGCACAAUGAUUGGAUUGGAAGGACUGGAAAAAAUGACCAUUCACAGUGUUUAAUGGUCAGAUAUGUAUAGAUGUUAUCUAUACAAUUGUUAGUGCUUGGCACUUGGUUCUAUUUACGUCCUUACUGUACAGAAAGCGAUAUAUUGUUUUUCUUUCUUCUGAAGCCUUAAAAAAUUCUGACUUAUUUUAUGGCACUUUGGAUAAAAGUGUCUGCUAAAUGCCCCAAAUGUAAAUGUAAAUAUGUAUGUAUGAUUUAUUUUCCUUUCAAAUAUUUAUAUUGCUUUGAAUAUAUUAUGUAAUCCAAUACAGUAAAACAUAUCGUGUCUGCAAAA